CUUCUUCUUCUUCUUCUUCAUUUUUCUUAUUUCAAUUGAAUUUUCCUUCAAAAUCUGACCACUUCUUACAAUUUCAGACUCUGCUUUCGUCCUAUCCUUUUCCGCAUUCCCGUGUUACGCUGCUUUCAAUUUUUUACACUGUUUAAUGCUGUCGCUUGGCGCUCUCUGAAAGAGAAGAUAAAAGAAAAGGGGAAAUCAAAAAACCCCAUAGACCAAAGCUACAGAGAAAGCAUUUUUCUUUUUUGAUUAAAGAAAAAGGGCAAUUGAGGGAAAAGGUAGACGGAGACUUUCUGUGACUUGUCGGGGUGGUUGCCCACAAAAAGGUACAUUCAAUUUUAAAAUAACUAUAACAAAUCCUGAAAAGAAGCAGAGAUACAGAAUUUUUUUCCUUUUUUCCUUUUUUAUUUAUUAAUAUUCAAACAAUUCCAUGUUUUCUCUUUUAUGAUGCCUUUCCUCUUCUCCGUUUCUUUCAUUUCUCUUCUUCAAAAGGGUCUUUCACUUACUCACAGUAGUUGAGAUUUCAGAUUUUCCUUUUCUAUUUUGUUCAACCAAAGUGAGGAACCAACAGGGCUUUGUCAAUCUUAAAGAAGCUUCUCUUCCUAUUACCAUUGAUUCUCUUUCUCUUCUUCUUUUAUUGUGAUUUAAUCCCAUGCUUUUUGUGUAUUCAUCUUGAGUUUCUAAUUUUUUCUGAUGUCUAUACCGUUAGAACAUGAUUACAUAGGCUUAACAGAGUCUGUUCCUUCUCUGGAAAACUCUGAAAAGUCUUCUGAUAAACGCAACAGUGCUGGUUUGAACCUUAAGGCUACUGAACUGAGGUUGGGUCUGCCGGGAUCGGAGUCACCGGGAAGGGAUGAUGGGUUUGAGGAUAAGAAUGGGUUCCUUCACAAGAGCUCUGUUUCUGGGGCUAAGAGGGGUUUCUCCAUAGCCAUUGAUAGAGCUUCUGCCAAGUGGGUUCUACCAGCUUCUGCCGGAUCUGAGGCAGACUCCUCCACAAAUGGGGGUUUGUUUUCUCCUAGAGGUGUUAAUGAGAAUAAGACUCAACCACCUGCUUCCGCUGUCUCCGGUGUCAAAGACGGUAUUUCUCCGUCAGCCAAGCCACUUCAUGAGGAAAAGCCUCAGCUUUCUCCCCCUGCAGCUAAGGCACAAGUUGUAGGAUGGCCACCCAUUCGUUCUUUCCGUAAGAAUUCAAUGGCAACACAGCCCCCUAAAAAUACAGAUGAUGCGGAUGGUAAGUUGGGAUCAGGCUGCCUUUAUGUCAAGGUAAGUAUGGAUGGCGCACCGUACCUCAGGAAGGUUGAUCUGAAAACCUAUGUAAGCUAUGUGGACCUCUCAUCAGCCCUGGAGAAAAUGUUCAGCAGCUUCACAAUUGGUCACUAUGGCUCUAAUGGAGUUCCAAACCGGGAUGCAUUAAACGAGAGUAGGUUGAUGGAUCUGCUCCAUGGCUCUGAAUAUGUACUCACCUACGAAGAUAAGGAUGGUGACUGGAUGCUCGUUGGUGAUGUUCCAUGGGAGAUGUUCACUGAAUCUUGCACAAGGAUGAGGAUCAUGAAGAGUUCAGAGGCUAUUGGGUUAGCUCCAAGGGCCAUGGAGAAAUGCAAAAACCGUAAUUAGCUGGCAAACUCUUUUGCUAUAUCAAUGCAUCAAUCACGCACGUUAGAGCAAAUGUCGUUUGGAGAUAACACAUAAUAUGGCUCCUGGAAGCAUAGAUUGAGCGAGAGAAUCUAUACCGAGUAUUGUGGUGGUGUUCUUUGUGCACGAGUUAUAAAAUAUUGGAGAGUUGAUGUAUCAAGAUAACUUGUGUUGGAAAAGAUGAAUUUCAAUAGGACGUUCAUAGUUUUUUCUUAGUUUGCCCCCUUCCCCUAUUUUCUUUGUGAUUUUACUUGGAUUGUUGUUGCUACACUUCUACUUUGUAUUAUUGUAAAUGGUUUGUUUGCUAUUGCCAAUUGCUGUAUCCCUUACCCUUCACACCUGUCUGGCUUCCUCCUCCCAAGAGAGUUUAAUUAAACCGAUAGCUUUUGUAUUUGUAUCCA